AUGUCUCACGAAGGUCAGGAAGAAUUGUUGGACUACUCCGAUUCCGAGGAGAUCGCUGUCCAGCCAUCCACCGCCACCGCUGAAGGUGACGCCUCCAACAACAAGAGCGCUGACAAAAAGGGCUCUUACGUUGGUAUCCACGCCACCGGUUUCAGAGAUUUCCUUUUGAAGCCAGAAUUGUUGAGAGCUAUUGGUGACUGUGGUUUUGAACAUCCCUCUGAAGUCUGUAUCCCUCAAUCCAUCUUGGGUACUGACGUUUUGUGUCAGGCCAAGUCUGGUUUGGGUAAGACUGCCGUGUUCGUCUUGUCCACUUUGCAGCAGUUGGACCCAGUUCCAGGUGAGAUCUCCACUUUGGUCAUCUGUCACACCAGAGAGUUGGCCUACCAGAUCCGUAACGAGUACGCUCGUUUCUCCAAGUACAUGCCUGAUGUCAAGACCGAGGUCUUCUACGGUGGUACUCCAAUGACCAGAGACUUGGAGAAGUUGAAGAACAAGGAGACCUGUCCUCACAUUGUCGUUGCCACUCCAGGUAGAUUGCACGCUCUUGUCGAGGAGAAGGGUAUCCGUUUGAACAACGUCAAGUCCUUCGUCAUUGAUGAGUGUGACAAGGUCUUGGAGUCCUUGGACAUGAGAAGAGACGUUCAGGACAUCUUCAGAAACACGCCUCACCAGAAGCAAGUGAUGAUGUUCUCGGCUACUUUGUCUCAGGACAUUCGUCCAGUCUGCAAGAAGUUCAUGCAGAGCCCCUUGGAAAUCUAUGUUGACGACGAAGCCAAGUUGACCUUGCACGGUUUGCAACAGUACUACAUCAAGUUGGACGAGAAAGAAAAGAACAAGAAGUUGUCCGACUUGUUGGACUCCUUGGAGUUCAACCAGGUUAUUAUCUUCGUCAAGUCUACCCUGAGAGCUAACGAAUUGAACAAGUUGUUGUGUGCUUGUAACUUCCCAUCCAUUGCUGUCCACUCUGCCAUGAAGCAGGAGGAGAGAAUUGCUAGAUACAAGUCUUUCAAGGAGUUCAACAAGCGUAUCUGUGUUUCUACUGAUGUCUUCGGUAGAGGUAUCGAUAUCGAGAGAAUUAACUUGGCUAUCAACUACGACUUGCCAAGCGAGGCCGACCAGUACUUGCACAGAGUCGGUAGAGCCGGUAGAUUCGGUACCAAGGGUUUGGCUGUUUCUUUCGUCUCCAGCAAGGAAGACGAGGAGGUCUUGGAGAAGAUCCAGUCUAGAUUCGAUGUCAAGAUUUCUGACUUCCCAGAGGAGGGUGUUGACCCAUCUACAUACAUGAACACCUAA